UCAAAUUUUAAUGAAGAAGGAAAAUGUCAUCUCAGAUUGACUGUUGGUGAUACUGUUUAUAUGUUUGAAGAGUAUGAAGAAUGGUACUAUGGAUGUUCAACAAAAAAUAAAAGUGUUUGGGGUAUUUUCCCUAAAGUAUUUAUUUGUGUUAAAGAAGCUGUCAUUGAUAAAACAGGUCCACAUGAAGCUAUAAUUCCCAGAGAACCACCAAUUGUACAAGAAAUUACUUCUGUCUUGAGGGAAUGGGGAGAUUAUUGGAAAGAACUGUAUGUGAAGUCAAAUGGAAAUUUUGAAACUAUACGAAAUAUGAUGUAUGAGUUAAUUGAAUGGCGAAGACAAAUAAUGUCUGGAACACUUCCUGUUGAUGAACUUAAAGAAAUUAAACAGAAAGUGACAGCAAAAAUAGAUGUUGGAAAUGCUAUUCUAGAUUUGGACUUAGUUGUAAGGGAUGAUCAUGGAAAUAUUCUGAAUCCUGAUGUUUCAAGUACCAUUGAUUUAUAUAGAGCACAUGAAGCUGCAACACAAAGAAUUAAGCAGAUGUCAACGUGUUCAAGGAGCUCAAAGAAUCUGAAAUGCUCACGGUAUUGUCACAGUUUAUUUGUUACUGUAAAGAAUUUUGUAUGUCGAAUUGGAGAAGAUGCUGAUUUACUUAUGACAUUAUAUGAUGCUAAAGAAGGACAAUUCAUCAGUGAAAAUUAUAUAGUAAAAUGGGGGAAAGAAGGAUUAGCAAAAGAUUUAGAUCAACUAAAUAAUUUAAGAGUACUUUUCAUAGAUUUAGGUAGUAAAGAUCUUAUUAGAGAAAAAGUUUACUUGGUUUGUCAGAUUAUCAGAAUAGGUGCUAUGGAGUUUAGGGACAUUGAUCAUAAAAGAACUUCACACAUUCAAAGGAGAACACCUGAUGGCUUAAGAAGACCAUUUGGAGUAGCUUCUAUGGAAAUAACAGAUAUUAUUAGUGGCAAAUUAGAAAGUGAUGAAGAAAAGCAAUAUUUUGUUCCUUUUGUCCAGUGUGGUGAAAGAGAUUUCUUAGAAAAUGUAAUACGAAAAGUUCUAGCAGCAAAAGAUAUUACUCAGAAAGAACAUAAAGGGCAAGGACUUUGGGUUUGUUUAAAAUUACUUCAUGGAGAUUUAAAGCAAGUAAGAGAAGAAAAUCCUCAUUUAAUAUCAGCUUCAACAGCUGUUGCUAGAAAAAUGGGUUUUCCUGAAGUUAUUCUACCUGGUGAUGUUCGAAAUGAUCUUUAUCUCACUCUGGUACAAGGAGAGUUUUCUAAAGGAGCUAAAUCAUCUGAUAGAAAUGUAGAAGUUACUGUUAAAGUUUGCAAUGAAAAAGGUCAAAUAAUACCUGUAAGAAUAUAUUCAAUAAAAUAUUCAUUUUUACAAGAUACAUUAGAUGCACUAUUUAGUAUUUUGAUGCAAAACUCUGAUUCUGAUUUAUAUGAUAAUCUAGUAUUUGAAGCAUUGAAUGCUGGAAGUCCUGAUUGUAUACCUCCUUCAGCCUGUUGGUCACACAAAUUGAUGGUGGUGUUAAAAUAUUAUGUUGAUAAUGCCAACCAAAAAGAAGUUCAAGAUGCAUUAUUGAAAGCAAUGAAAUCAAUUGAAUAUAUUUUUAAAUUUAUUGUUAGAUCCAGGAUAUUAUUUGCAGCAUUAAAUGAAGGAAAGGGUAAACAGCAAUUUGAAUUAUCUUUAAAACAGUUGUUACAAUCUAUAACAGGAAUGAUGUUAUAUCGAACUGAUUCCACUCUGGUUGUACAAGGUGCAUGUUUGAAGUAUUUUCCCUUUGCUAUUCCAGAUAUUCUUUCUGUAUUUGAUUCCAAAGAGCUUAGUUACAUUCUCAAUGAUUUUAUUAAUAAUGUGCCUCUUGAUCGUCUUACUAAACAAAAGAUGAUGUGUGUUAAUGAUAUUGUACAUAGCGAUCUUUUUAAAAUACCAGAAUGCCGGAGCAUUAUACUACCUAUAAUCAAUGAUCAUAUAAACUCAUUGCUUACUAGAACUGAGGAAGUAGAAUUAUGUAUUAAAAUUCUUAGUGAUGUCCUAAUAGUACUUCAUAGUCAAGAAUAUCUUCACACCCUUAAUGACAUUUCAAAUAUAAUGUUUAAUGUUCUUCGUACUGUGAUCCAAUCUGUUAUUGAUAUGGAAAGGGAAAAACCUUUAGUAGGUAAUCUUGUAGCUGUGAUGGUUGGUAUUUUGAGACAAAUGACUCCAUAUCAUUAUAAACAAUAUAUCAGCAGUUUUCCUACUUCUACAGAUUUACUUGAUUUUUUAAUGGAAAUACUUUUAGUAUUUACUGAUCUUGUUAAUAAAAGUGUUUAUCAGAAAGAUUGGAAUGAAAUGAUUAUGUUGCAGAAUAGUGUUAUUCUUAAAGCAUUAAGAUAUUUCUCUCAUACAAUAAGAGAUCAUUUUACAAAUCCUUUUGAAUAUCAGGUUUGGAACAAUUUUUUUCAUUGUGCCAUAUCUUUUUUGACUCAAGAAGCUUUGCAACUGGAAAAUUUUUCUCAGAAUAAAAGAAAUAAAAUUAUAUCAAGGUACAAAGACAUGAGAAGAGAAACUGGUUUUGAAAUAAGAUCUAUGUGGUUCAAUUUGGGUGCAAAUAAACAACAUUUUGUGCCUGGUAUGGUUGGUCCUUUUCUAGAAAUGACAUUAAUUCCAGAAGCAGAACUGAGAAAAGCAACAAUACCUAUUUUUUUUGAUAUGAUGCAAUGUGAAUUUUAUUCUCAACGUACUUCUACAUCUUUUCAUGAUGAAUUUUAUAUUCAUAAUAGAGAAAUUAAAGGAAAUUUUGGUAUGAGAACAUGUUUUAAAAGUUUAAAAAAUGUGGACAGUGCAAAUAAACAACAUUUUGUGCCUGGUAUGGUUGGUCCUUUUCUAGAAAUGACAUUAAUUCCAGAAGCAGAACUGAGAAAAGCAACAAUACCUAUUUUUUUUGAUAUGAUGCAAUGUGAAUUUUAUUCUCAACGUACUUCUACAUCUUUUCAUGAUGAAUUUUAUAUUCAUAAUAGAGAAAUUAAAGGAAAUUUUCAUGAGUUUGAAAAUGAAAUGAUUACUCAGCUAGAUAUGUUGGUUGAGGGUGGACGUGGUGAUGAACAGUACAAAGAAUUAUUUUUUGAAAUACUUUGCAAUCUUUGUGAAAAUCAUGCAACAAUGCAUGAACAAGGUUUAAGAUUUGUUAAAACAGUUGUUCGCUUAAUGAGGCGUCUACUUGAAUACAGAGCUAUUAUAACUGAUGAAAAUAAAGAAAAUCGAAUGAGUUGCACUGUUAACUUAUUGGAAUUUUAUCAUGAAAUAAAUCGAAAGGAAAUGUAUAUACGUUAUCUGUAUAAACUAUGUGAUCUUCAUUUAGAGUGUGAUAAUUAUGUGGAAGCUGCUUUUACUUUAAAAUUACAUGCCAAACUUCUUCGUUGGUCAGAUGAAAUUCUACCUCAAAUUCUCAAAAAUGAUAAAUAUCCUAACUGUGAAACUCAUAGAGAACUUAAAGAAAAAUUAUAUUAUGAUAUAAUAAAUUAUUUUGAUAAGGGUAAAUUAUGGGAAGCAGGUUUACAUCUCUGUAAAGAAUUAUGCAUGCAAUAUGAAAAUGAAAUAUUUGAUUAUAUACAACUUAGUAAUUUAUUAAAUCAUAUGGCAGUAUUUUAUGACAAUAUUAUGAAACAGGUUCGUCCAGAACCUGAAUAUUUCAGAGUUGCUUAUUAUGGGAAAGGCUUUCCCACCUUUCUUCAAAAUAAAGUGUUCAUAUAUCGUGGUAAAGAAUAUGAAAGGUUAACAGACUUCAACAGUCGUCUACUGAAUCAGUUUCCAACUGCAAUAGUAAUGAAAACAUUAGCUCCUCCAGGUGAUGAUAUCAUGGAAUCCCCACAUCAAUAUUUACAAGUUAAUAAAGUAGAUCCAGUCAUGCAUAAAAGAGAAAGUUUUAGUGGAAAAACUGUACAUGAACAAAUAUUAAAAUAUUAUAAAGUAAAUGAAGUACAGAAAUUUACUUAUUCUAGACGAGUGAGAAAAGGUGAAAAAGAUUCCGAUAAUGAAUUUGCUACUAUGUGGUUAGAACGAACAAAUCUAAUAACUGCAUAUCUGUUACCAGGGAUUUUACGUUGGUUUCAGGUAACUUCACAAGAAACCAUAGAGAUAAGUCCUUUAGAAAAUGCCAUAGAAAGCAUGGAGAGUACUAAUAAUAAAAUUAAAAAUUCUGUACUUCAACAUAGAGCUGAUCCCUCAUUACCAAUUAAUCCAUUGAGUAUGUUAUUAAAUGGAAUUGUAGAUGCUGCAGUUAUGGGUGGAAUUGUAAAUUAUAAGGCUUUUUUUACGGAAGAAUAUGCACUGAAAAAUCCAACUAGAAGAGAUAAAGAAAGCAUACAGAAGUUAAAAGAUCUCAUUGCUUGCCAAAUACCACUAUUAGAAGCUGGUCUUCAAAUUCAUAAGCAAAAAGCUCCAGAUAAUUUAAAACCUUUUCAUGAGCACAUGGAAGAUGCCUUUGUUAAGUUACGUGCACAUGUAGAAGAAAAUUAUGGAAAAAGGAGUGCACCUCCAGAAUUACAAGAAAGAAUAUCUGUAAAAAUGAGAAGAACUUAUCCAGUUAAUUCAGCUCCAAUUUCUAUAAAUGACAGACUAUCAGAGAUAAGUCUGAAUACAUCAGAAGUGACAAGAAAAACAAUGUUUCCUACAAGCAAUCCUUCAACACCCACAAAAGUUUCACCAGGUAUAAGAGCUCAGUCUGUUUGGGUGAAACCAGCAUCUUCUCCUUCCAAAACAUCAAAUAAGAAAAACCGUGACAGUGCAACACUAUUGUUGAGAAGAAAUUCUGGUGCAUCUGUAACUUCACAACAAGAAGCUCAGUCACAGUCUCAAUGGUAUGACACAUUACCACAAAAUUCUAAAAAUGAUGGUCCUAUUAUUGAAUUAAAUGAACAGCUCACUCCUCAUCGUCCUUUACGUUCAGAAGUUGAAAAACGACAAAGUAGGCCUUCUAGUGGUCAUUUUAAGCAAAUACCAACACCUUCUCCUACUAGACAGAGUUUUAAUUAUGGUGAUUUUCUUAUAUUAAUUUAAUAAAUCUUAUAUUAAAUUUCAAAAUUUUUUAAAUUAUUGUUAAUUCUUUCAGGAUCAGUACCAUCAACUCCCUCCACUCCACGACUAUUAUCACCAGUCACUUCUACUCCUAAUAAUACAGAUGAUAAGCCACCACCAUUGCCUCAGAAACAAGCUUAUGCUGAUUAUACAAAUUUAACUGAUGAUAUGUCAUAUAGUAAUACAUUAAGAAAGAGUUCUAUGACACUACCAAGUCGCGUUAAACAUAAACCUCCUCCACCUCUACCUGUAAAAGAUUGUGCAUCUACAUUGGUACCAAAGAAACCUUAUAGGCCACAAACUGAUUGUUUAGAAAGUCCUCCAGAAUUACCAAAAAAACCUCAUCAUUCUGAAAUGAUAGAAAGUUGAUAUAUAGAAAUUUACAAUUAAGUGCCUUUUAAUGAUUCAUAAUAGUUGAAUAAAUAACGUAAAAACCAGUUUUCAUAUUUCAACUCUUUGACAUUUCCUGUUUAUAUAAAAUAAAAUAUACAUUUCCAUGAACUAUGUAAUUUAAAAGUACAAUACAGUAAUUAAAUUCUUAAAUUCAUUGCUAUUUCCCAAUUAAAUUGUUUUCAUAAAAUUAUGAAUCUACUAAUGUGAGAUCAAUUAAGGUCAAUAAUUCUUUGUACUAUCUAUGUUGAUUUUAUUGUUUUUAUAUCUUUUUUGAUAAAACUAUACAUUAUAUUUUCCUUCUUUAGCAUAAUGCAUCUUAAAAUAUGAUCUCAUUCUUUGUUUUAGAAGCAUAACUUUUUUUGAUGUGCAGAUUUUCAUUUACAUAUUUUAUGCUUUUAUGUCUUAUAUAGAAUUUAA